ACAGUACAAGUGCUUGCAAAGACUGUUCUCGUUUACAAUUGGCAGUGUACAGGUGGCUUAAGGGUGCUUAUGAAUCCUAAACAAAGAGGAGUUACAUGCAACUUUAAGCUAAAAUGAUUGCAAGCUAACCUGCAAACCCCAUUCAUCAAAAGGCAAAGCUACCCCUUGUUAACCGGAACCGAUCAAGUUUGCUGUGCAUGUUUCCCCCGAAGUUGACAAUGCCAAUUGACAUGGCACUGCCCCUUUACCUGUCCCAAGAGGAGUUUGGCUACAGGACAACCUCCAAAAACUACCAGCCAGAUCAAAACUCAUGCCUGACGUUUGAACACUCGCACUGCAUUGACCAGAUUGAAGCCAAUGACAAUUCAAUCAAUGAAACCACAAGAAAAACCAAAAAACAGGUGACAUUUGCAGAUCACAAAGGACUCUCCUUAACCAGGGUAAAGAUAUUCUCUGAGUUUAAUGAUCAGAUUGACAUUCCUGCAAGUGUGCAAGAGAUGUUGAAUGCUGCCAUCACACAAGCUACUGAAGAGGACCAGUUGGUGCUGGACUUUCCACAGCCUUCAUCAGAUUACUUGCACUUUCGCCAGUGCCUGGAGAAUAACUAUGUGUGUCUGGAGCAUUGCGUGUUAAAAGAAAAGGUUCUGGCUGGAACAAUUAAAGUGAAAAAUGUGUCUUUUGAGAAGUCUGUGAAUGUGAGGGUGACCUUUGACACAUGGAAAAGCCAUGCAGAUAUUGGAUGCAAGUACAUAAAAGACACAUAUCCAAGUUCCUACAGUGACACUUUCUCUUUUGAGGUUUCUAUUCCUGACAAUUUGAGGCUGCAUGAACGCAUUGAAUUUGCCAUAAGCUAUGAAGUGGCAGGCUGUAAGUAUUGGGACAGUAAUGAGGGGAAGAACUAUCGUAUCCUUUGGUCUUCAAUGAAGAAACGAGAUGAGGACAGUUGCCAUAAUGAAUCUUUAGGGUUUGGGAUCCAUUUUGACCGCUAUGGGAGCCCUACUUGCUCCCAUGGAAUUUUUCCUGAUUGGCCAAGUUAUGCAAAUUAUGAAAACAUUGGCCCAUACUACUAAAUACUCUUUUACAAUGAGAUGUGACAUUUAAUUUUUUUUUCCCUAUGAAGCAUUACCAUGUUUCAAUUUUUUGAAAAUGGAACAAUACCUUGUUAAAAUGACUGUCAAAAGAUACAUUGUUGUUUGCACACAGUACCUUUGUGUUUCUGUGCAAUACUUUUUUAUUAUGUGCUGCUACUAUUCAAUGCAAGGGAAAGCUUUUGGGAUACACUCUUUUUCCAUAAAGGCACAUGUAAUAUAGAUGCACAUUGGAUAUUGUCACAUUCUGUGUCAUGAUGUAAUUUUUAUUCUAGUUAUUGAAUGAUUUUAAUUGUGGUUUAUCGAAAAGUAGCCAUGCGCUGUAUGUCACAUUUGUGAGAACUAAAGAGUUACUAAAUAUAGUUUCCACCUUUUAUUCAAGAAAAAAAUAGGUGAAUUAUCAGUUUAAAUAAAGUGUGUUUUAACAGUGUUUCACGGUAGCACUGGAUAGCAAUAUGGGUAAAGUAUUACUUAUAUUUAAGUUAAAUGUUGCAUUUUGUGUUUAUGCAUUGCACUGUGUUGGGAAAUUGGAUUUAUUUCACUGGUAAGUUACACUGACCUGUAAUUUAAGAAUAAAUUUAAUCAGAUGCAAAAAAACUAAAUUGUUUGUGAAGCAAUAGCUCACUGUCUAAAGAGUCUUACAGACAUGAAAACAUAUCAUGUUACUCAGUUCAGACUUGUAAAAGACAUUUUAAUGCAAACCUUUUGUAAGCAACUAAGCGUGGUUCACUGAGAUUUUGACCCUGUCCUUCACCCACCUCCCUGAGUUUUGUUUGCUGUCCAGGCACCUCUUGUUUACUUAUGCAAUGCAGUAUUAAUGUUUAAGGUCAAAUGCUCAAAUAUUUUUGUUUCAAUAGAAGAGACAUGUAACUGGUGAAAUGGGCUCAUGGUAUUUGAAAAGGGUAUAGUCUAAAUGAGUUAUAUAGAAUAUAGAAUAUGGCUUGUAUGGUUGUUAAAAAUGACAUUAACAUUCUUUAUAAUGAUUAUUAGGGGCAUACAGUUUUUGGUCACCGAGAUAUCACAGUGUUGCUACUAGAUCUGUUUAAUCAUUGUACCACAAUUUUAUUCAGUUUUCAAUUAACAUUCUUUUUUCAUAUUGUCCAGUCCUACUCCUGUGUAUUAAUGUAUUCGCUCUACGAAAAUAAAAUGUCCUCGCAAGUUAAACGUAAUAAAAUUGUUUUAGCUCAAUAAUGGACAAAUAAA